AAAGAGAUGAAACAAAUAGUGUUCAUAAUUCUGUAGAAUAUCGAGAACGAUGUUGCGUUGUUCUGUUCAUUAAAAAGGAGUCUGUAAAAGACAAAAAGCUAAGGCCAUCGGGCCGCGGGGCCAUCGCCAUCAUCAUCAUCUCCUGGACUGCUCACUGCCCAUAUAUGAGGAUUCAGGAGCUUCCGGAUAUGGGAAAUUGCGUGUUGAAAGUCGCCGGAGAAAGGGUCGAUGUGGUGAAAGUGGUGACUGUCGACGGCGGAAUUAUGGAGCUUUAUGCGCCGAUUACGGCGGAGUGCAUAACAGGGGAAUAUCCCGGCCACGCGAUUUUUAAGAGCCGAAGUAUAUUCUCGGAGCCCCUUCUUCAUAAGGAUGAGCUUCACGAGGGUCAAGUCUAUUACCUUCUCCCGCUUAACCCUUACAAGCCCUCUGCCAAAAUCGAGGCGGACGCGCCCAGCGUUGUUUCCACGCCGUAUCGGAUGUCGACGUGCGAGUCGCAGAAUGCGGUUGCGAAGAAGCGGGCGGCGGAGGGGGAGGCGGAGGUGUUUCCGAAGUAUAGUAGUACGGGGGUUUGGAAGGUGAAGCUGGUGAUAUGCCCGGAACAGCUGUCGGAGAUUUUGAAGCAGGGUAAUCGUACGGAGGAGUUGAUUGAGAACGUGAGGACGGUGGCUAAGUGUGGAAACGGCGUCGGAUCGGCUGCCAGCUCCGAUCAUUCCAGUGUGGCAGGGAGCUGGAAGGGAUCCGCCAUGGAUAAGCUCCAGUAUGGGUUGAAAUAAUAUAUAUAUAUAUAUAUAUCUAUACAUAUAUGUUUGUCCUUUUUUUCCCUUCUUUGUAUCAUAUUAACAAUGGCUGCACGCAUAAAUUAAAAUUACGCACAAUCUCUUGGG